CUGUGGCAGUGACAAAAAUAAAAUAUGUUUUGGAUGACCUUUCAGCAACGGUCAUUGUAGCAUAAAAAUUAUGACAAUAUUAUACUUAUCCUAAAAAAAUAAUGAUGUGUCCCACAGUUGUGCAAGACAUCAUCUGUUACAGGAAAAGAAAAAUUUAGAGGUAAAAAAAAUUAUUAUUAUUCCUAAGAUAGAUGAUAUGAAAUUUGAGAAAUAUGUUGUGGAGUUGGAGUCGUGCAAUUUCAAAGAAGAAGACAUAAAGCCUUUCAAAUAUACAACUCAAAACACUUUGGAGUUUGAUUGGCUUAACUGCAUUAUACAGAACCCAUUAACCUUGUUAAACAUUUUAUGCAAAAUGUGUAAGAUUAUUGAGUGGAAAAGACUGUGAGAUCUUGGUAAUAGAAAAUGUUGCAUUUGCUGUAGAUCUUGGGAUGAUAGAGCCCUUAGGAUUCUAGGACGAGAACGACUACGAGUACGAGAUUUGACUUAACGUUUUUUCGCGUAGUCUCAAAAUAUAGACUCCCCGGAAAGCUUCAUUUUACCAUUUUUCACUAGAAAAGUUAGCACUGUUAUCUUUAGUGAAGAAGAUUACGCGCUCUCCCGAUCGCAAAAAGAUAAAACUUCGAACAUUUGAAAACUCGUUUUCCCCACUUCGACAUUCUCGCUAAAUCUCCUAGUAGAGUGACAACGGCUACCAUGUUUUUCCUCCAAAAUGACGCCGCUUCACGCGCGAGCACUACUUAGUACUGAGAAAAUCUCAUACUCGUUGUCGUACUCGUCUUAGAAUCUAAAGGUCUCUUUUUCAAGAUACGUAAUGAGUUCACCUCAUUAUCAACACCUAUUUCGUUAUUAAUAUUCAUUACUGUUUUGAAGGUGUCUAGCAAUGAUGUCACCUCCUUAAUUUAGAGAGCUUAAGCAACGGUGCAACCACGACGGCGACGGCAACGAGAACGGCAAAAAAGCAAUAGGUUUAUAUUGGAAAAACAACAUCUUUGCACCUACAUCGCGCUUAUUUGUACAUUUCUUUCGUCACUACACGAUUACGACUCGACACAGUCCUUUAGAAUUCAACUCCAGAAAAAUUUGCCAACUUUUGACAAAUUAACGAAACGGGAUAAGAGCGAUAAUGUUUGAGGCAGCGAGAAUGUACCUUAUGAAGUGACAUUUUCGUAGCUGUCGCCGUCGUUGUUGCCGGCUUAAGCUCCCAAAUGUCCAGGUAGAAGUGUCUUCCUGCCCUGUCGUUACUUUUAUAUGUUAAUUCUCAUCAAGGUUGAUCGCUGUUAAAGUUGUUCGGUUUGUUUCAUUGUUAGUCCCUGGAUGAAUUAUUUAUAUGCUGGGGAGAUCAGCCUCAUCAUGGUCCAGUGAUGUUAGCCUGGGCUGUGUUCAGAUAUGCUACUAUGGAGGCCUCUCAAGAACAGGUUCGUGAUGCGAUUUCCAGAUGCUGCUGUAUGUCGCGUAUGUUGCAAGCUGCUGGGGGAUUAAGGAUUAAGGAUUAAGGGUGUUUUCAAUUUUUUAGCAGCCAGCUGCAAAAAUGUUGCGACAAUCCGACGAAAAACCGGCCUCUCUUACUUCAAAUCGCUGCUAGUCACACGUCUGUGAGAUAUAAUACUCAUCUACCCAUCCCCUCCAUUCAAAGUUGUUCCACUAAGUUUUGACCAACUUUGAUAAGGGGAGGAGGGGGAUCAGAAGCACAAGCCAAGGGCAGGCCAUUGAAGCCAAAAUAGGCUACAGUGUCUCAAAUAUUAGGGAUGUCAACCGGAGGUGAGGUCGUCUCUCUUUUUAUAUGCCUUUUUGCAACAUGUUGUACAUGUAGCAUGCUGCCGGGGCCGUGAUUAACUCCUUAAGCCCCAAAAGUGAUUUUUACAAACGCUGUCUUUGUAAUAUCGACGCGUAAUCAAUCAGGAAGGUUCUGGGGAUUAAGGUAAUGAUCACUGGGGAUUAAUUCUUAUCAAAUUCUCCUUACUACUUCCUUGAGAAACACUUGGGACAAGAAAGAAGCAUAUUUAUUUUAUUUAAUAUUGUGGCCUAUAGGGUUAAGGGCGCUUUCCAUCAUUUAGAACUGGCUAGCCCGACCAAACCAGUCUUAAAAAUAACGCCACUUCAAUCAGGACUAUCCAACGAGAUUAGCCUGACACACGCGACAUACGACUUCGGCACACGACUAGCCUGUUCCAAGCGUUCGGAUAGUGGAGUGCGACGUGAAGUAAGAAAGCGGGAAAAAUUUAAGAGAGGGAGCUCGGAGAGGCUAUACACGUCCUUUACUUCGUCUUCCUGCCAAAAUGCUGCUUGUUCCAAUAAGUUUUGCGAAUGAGAUUUGCCUACCAGGUAGUAAUUAAUUCAACAACAGAAGGAACAUUUAAAUGUGUUCAUUGUGCCAUGACAGAAACUCAUGCGAGGAUGAAACGUGUAACUCGCGCUCAGUGCUCGUAAAUAUUCGUUUUUUUAAGUACUAUAUUUGGAAACCCUCGCUGCAGCUUCAAAAAAGCAGUAGGUUUAACAACAACUUUGCACUGGCAUCUCGCUUUUUGUACAUUUCUUUGCCGUCACUGCAUGACUACGACAUGAAAGUGCCCUUUUGUUGAGGGCGAAAACACAAUACAGCGACUUUCUUUUUCUUUUUCUGAACAUCGAUACAGUCUUAAGAUGAACUGAAGGAGAGGAAAUCAUCGCGAAUACACUUUUUUUAAGUGACGUUUUUGUAGCUGUCGCUGUCAUUGUUUCUUGAGCUCCCUCCCGAGAGCGUGGAGUAAAAUUUCGUCACGUCGUUUACGGAAUUUGAUCAGUCAGUUAUCUUUUCUUCUCGUUCCAAAUAUGGUACUUGCGAAAAUAAAAAUUCACGAGCAUCGGACAAAGCAAACAUGUGAGAUUUACACGUUUCAAACCCUCAUGAGUUACUGGUCACAAACAUUGUGGGUUUUGGGCAAUUUCCAACCCGCUGUGCUUUUUGUUUCAAUACAUUCAGCCACCUAUUUUAUUGUGUUUCCUGUCCUUGUAAUUCUUCAUUUUGUUUUUAGUUUGUCAGAAGAAUCGGCAGCAAGGCUUUGCAGUGCUCUGUGUUUCAAUAUUUACUUGGAUUGUUAAAAAGCGAUGAAUUCUCUAAAAGCACUGUAAGUAUUUUUAAAGAUGAACCAGGUAAGGUACUUUAACUACUGUUCAUCUGCAUAAUUCUUCAUAUCAUACUCGGCCUCACUCAGUCAUAAUGAUAUUGUUUACAAUCACUCUUAGUCAAUAUUUGAUUCUUGUUUGUUUGUUUGUUUUUUCUAGCCCGUGUCUAAUACAUGUAAAAGCCUUAUAUAUGGGCUGAUGGUUAUCGUCUUAGGACUCUUCCAUGAAGACACAUUAGGAGAUUUACAGGUAAACAGUUCUUUUUUCCUUGAAGUAAAGAAAUGACUUAGAUAAAACAGGUUAUUUGAAUACCUACAUUUACCUUAAUCAAAUUAUGACCGAGCCUGUGAAAAUCAGAUGUUACUUAAUUUUGCAUUGUUCAGUUAGUAGCUGUAUGAGAUCUUUUUAAAUGUAAUUUCAAAGAAUUACAGUAAGAAUAUCGAGUACCAUUUACAAUAGGGAGCUUAAGCAUCAGCGACGAAAACGGCAGUAAAAUGAAACGUCGCUAAAAAAAAUGAUUUCUGUCCUUUUAAACUUUAUCACGUCUAUUUGGACCGUCCGAAUUUGUUAAAUGUGGGCGCCAUUUCCUGGAAUUUCAAAGCGAGAAAGGAAAAUUGGUCGUCGUUUGUUCACGUCCUCCAUAAAACGUCACAUUAGGAAAUUUUUCGUCGUAGUCUUGCUGUGGACGUCAAAGAAAUGUACUAAAGAGCGUGAUGCACAUACACGGCUGUUGUUUUCCUUUCAAAAACAAUUACGUUAAAAACCCGCGUUUAAGAACCUAGAUUUUACCAACUUAGCCUUAAUAGGUUCUUAUAGAAAUGGUAUUUUUGGGAUUUUAGGCUGCUUAGGUUCUUAAAUAGGUAUUUAAUUUGAUAGGGGCACUAGUGAUCAGCACAGAUAACUACUACAAGGCAUAUGUGAUAUGGAAUGUAUUGUUGUAUUAAACAAUUAUCCAGAAUACAGUUAAAUUUAUCUUUCCAAAGUACCAGCAUGCAUGUCUUUCAUGGUGCAGUGUCCAUAAAAUGCUGUGUCGCAUUUUUGAUCGUUUGAAUCUUACUGACUGAAACCUAGACUGAAAUUGUUUUUCUGUAUUUUCGUCUCUGCCUUCGUCUUUGUUAAAAAAAGAACCUAUUGAAAAUUUUAGGCUAAGUAGGUUCUUAUGAAAAGGCUGUUGAAAAUGAAAAUUUUAGCCUUACAGGUUCUUACAUUUUAGGUUCUUAUACGCGGGUUUUUACUGUAUUUUUUGACGUUGUCGUCGUCGUCGUCGUCGUCGUCGUGGUUACUAAUGCUCUCUAUAAAUGCCAGUCAUUAGUGGUCAGUCUAGCAGCCCCUCUAGUUAGAUUAGUUUUCUGUGUUGUUCAUUUGGCGUAUAUUAUUGAUAGCGUGAGGAGAGGAGUUUUUCAGCCAGUAUUGUUUGCGAAAAAUUUUCUUGAGCAAGUUUCCCAUUUCCCCUUCCCAUUGCCCUUUCCACUGAUAUUUUAACGUCAUAGGUGCCUGUUUCCUUGCGUGUGGGUUAACGGCUCUAGUGGGCUGAUAGGUUGUUCCGCACAAAAACACACGCCGAAAUUUCACGACACUACCACAGGUUUUUCCGCGAAAUGACGUCUGAGAAACGAGCACAGAAAUUCCACACUGAUGACGUGCCGGAAACCAAUUUCCUACGCGGCUAUAACUAAUCAGAAACAAUCAGAUCUGGCUAGUGACACGUCAUCUGAGUAUGGAAUUUCUGUGCUCGUUUCUCAGACGCCAUUUCGCAGGGAAACCUGUGGUGGCGUCACGAAAUAUCGGCUGUUUUCUCAGGCAGUGCAGUUUUAGCGACUUUCUUCGUCUUCUUCUUUUUUAGCUUUUGGUUUCUGUUUUAUCACAAGCUCUCACUGAGAAAGGACUCUGUAUAGAUUUUUGGGAUUCAGUAUGUAUCAAUAUUAUAUUUAUUGCUAAGUAUUGUAGCUUCAUCAUUUAUUCAAUGAUAUUAUCUUGCACAGCUGUAGAUACAGUGCAUGCUAGAUUUUUAGAUAAAUCAUAACGAAAACAAAAUUCUCAAAUCUGAUUGGCUAUCACCCGUCCUGAUUUCAGCAUUAAUGGUACAGUGUAAUAGAACAGUACUCGUCAUGCCUAAGUAACUGAACAGUACGGGUCAUCGCGCGCGCGCACGCUUGUGAAGCGUUUUCGUGUUGUCCAAUUCGGCCUGUUAUCAUACUCGUGAUUAAACAAACUGAUCACUCGUAUGACCUAUUACCAUUAUAAACUAGAGGUAAUCAUUCAUUACGGAUCCGCGUUCGUCAUUUACGGAAACGAAAUCGAGUCGAAAGGAAUCCAGUUUCCCGGCCGAGGUGCCUCUGAUAAAAUUAAUGGGGGCGGCUAAUUUGCAGUCGCCCCUCAUAGCUCGAAAAUUUCUGCCUUCGUUCUACAGUAACAUCAGAUUAGGAUGCGUUCUGACGAACGCGAUUAUUGUAUUCUGUUUGUCAAAAACCAGUUCCACAUAUUUGUAUAGUUUUUAUCAGAGGUCUUGCGUAAAACUAAGAUUUCAAGGGAAAACUGACAACCUGCCUAAGUGUCAGUUUUUCCAAAAAUAAUGUAUUUUAAAUGAAGUUUUAAACCAAUUAGAGAAGCUGCGGACGAAAAAAUGUGCACCGUCAAUUUUUCUAGCUGGUCUUGUUAAAUUUCUCCUCUUUUUGAAAAUGACAAUAUUUUUUUUUAUUUUUUAAGGACUUGUCCACUGGGGCCGGACUUCUUUUGAAUUCUGCUAAAAGUUGGUAGGUCUGAUCCGUAUGAUUUUUGAAAAUCAUUUAACACAUGGUAUAUUUUCACUCAUGCCUGGGGCUUGUCCACUGGGGCCGGACUUCUUUUGAAUUCUGCUAAAAGUUGGUAGGUCUGAUCCGUAUGAUUUUUGAAAAUCAUUUAACACAUGGUAUAUUUUCACUCAUGUGUAAUUUUAGUUCUAUGAUACACGUUUUCCGUGAACUUACGCUUAUAAGCCCCGACCCCCUCCCCUCCCAGUUAUAGGCCCAUCUACCUGUAAACCAAAAAGUACAUCCGGUUAUACCCUCUCCAGGGUAUAAAUUCCCCUCUAGCUUGCAUUGAAAUGAAUUCGAUUUAUUACGACGUCAGUAAAGCUAAAAAAUGAGAGUGGAUUCACAUAGUAUCUUAACAGCACUGCUAUAUAGCUUGUUUUGAAACGGCAUUUUUACUCCGGUUAGGAUACUCCCCUAGGAUAUAAGUCCCCCCAUUUAUAAGUCCUCCUAAUUAAAAAACCCCUUGGGAAGUUGUGCAAGCCCAGGGCUUAUAAGCGGAAGUUUACAGUAUUGUCUCUGUUCCAUACAGGUUUCCACUUCAAUUCCGGCCAUUCCUCGAGCUUCUGAAAUCACUUGCAGGCGAUGAAGAUUCAGCAUCAAAGGUUUGUUGCCAUUUUGGCUAGAAUUGGACUUGUUAAUUCACAGUGAAAUUAACGGCAAGCCAAUGUAAUGAUGCCACAGUAGAGAGUUUUAGAUCCGAGUUUACCGCGAACCUCUAACCGCGGUUUGCGGUUACCCGUUUGCGGUUCGACGUUCAAACAUAAUUCGAUUUAGAUUGGCGGUGGAUUAAAUUACGGCAGCCAUUUUGAAUCAGCAGCCAUGAAUGGCACUUUUUUUCAAGAUCCAAUAGGAUUUAUCAAAUUUAGCAUUUCGCCCGAAUUUGUGCCUCUGUUAAUGGAUAAAGACUUGCUCCAAAAGAUUUUUGUAUCUUUACGUGGGAUGAAACAAGAAUUAUACGCUAAAAUCUUCCAGGUAAAUGACAUACGUGAAAACCUACCUCCCCACGUUGAAAACGCACGUCGUAAACCUCAAACGUGACGCGAAAGACUUGUCACGUGACCUCCAGCGGUUAGAGGUUUGCGGUAAACUCGGAUCUAAAACUCUCUAGUGUCGCUGAUAGACCUUAUUCACGAUUCCUGCCAUCUUUGCACGUGCUUUGGGAUCGAUGGGAUAAAACCAAUGUCAUGCGGUAUUUCAGGAGGCAAACAAAGUUUGCUAAUAUGGGUAAUCAUGGUCGAGUUUGUUUAUUCUCUCAAAACAAGACGACGAUUUAAUAGUCUUGCAAACAUACAGUUUGAGUUUCGACAAGAUUUACGUCAUUAUUGUUUCCUGCAAGAACAUCUACGGUUGCUACUUCAUAUAAAGAAGCAACAAUGAACACUUCCACCGGUAUAAUUGCCUUUAUCGUCUUUAAAUAGAAGGGUUCUUCAUUUUCUGUUGCCUAGAAUAAAACAACUCGACCGCGAUUUCAUGCAUUGGGAUUUUUCUUUUUCACUUGUUUGCUCCCCCUUAAGAAACCACGUGAGGUUGCUUUUAUCCCAUCAGUUCUUUAGCACGUGCAAAAAAUGGUGGGCACCGUGAAUAAGGUCUAUUGGUCUUACUUAUUGGGUUGCCACAUGCAUCCAAUUAUACACAUACAAUCUAGUGUGUUCCUGACUGUGUUUCGACUAUUUUAUGGCUGAAAAUUACCAAAACCGCCUGUAGCUACCACUGUGUAGCUCAUUACAAAGCGGUCAUAGCUUUCAGCCAAAAAGAAAAAAAUCCCUGUCAUAUCCCUGGUGGGUAGGUAUACCUCCCAUCAGGUCCCCAGAAGGGAUACAGAUCAGACAAACUCCAUGUGAUGUACCUAAUGUAAGUAAGCAUUGUUGGUGAAAAGCAGAAAAUAAUGAUCCUUGCCAUCUGUUUAUUUCUCUCCAGGUUUAUGAGUUUUUAGAUUGUGUGACAUCGUACACAGAGUUACUAAGAGAGAACAAACUUGGCGACAUAGAUUGCUCUGGGGACAAGAAAAUAUGGAAAAUAGUUACUCCAAGACUUCUCUACAAGAGUGGUAAAGGGCCUUGUAUUGAUUGCUUCGUGCAUAUGAUGCUACGUUUGCAGUUUGCAGUCAUAUGACCUGGUUAAUGACAAAUAUAAUUAUGGAGCACAACUAAAGCUGUCAGCUAUAGGCUUUUUGAACGAUGGCGUCAUUUUACUACUACGACCAGAAUUCUUUUCGUUUUUCCUUUCACAUGUAAAUUUGGUAAUCCCGGCGAGGGUUAAAUAACAAUAGCCCUAACUUGCACAAGAAAGGAUAAACCCGAAGGAUUCUCAUCGUAGUCGUAAAAUGACGCCAUCUUGCAAAUGGCCUAUUCUACCAGUCCAUUUGACAAAUUUGGGCAAAACCGCAUGAGCCGAAAAGGUUGUUUUUAUCGGCGGAAUAAUUUAUUGUAUUGCACGUAAAUACUACUUAAAACAUUUGUGGCUUUAAGACUGUAGUAAAGACUUGUCUUUUGUUUAUCCGUUGCUGGCCCAUGCCACAUUUUGUUGUUGUUGUUUUUUUUUAAAGAUCCCCUUGUGGCUGAGAUCAUUACAAAGCUAUGUAUUAAUAGAGAGCUUUAGAUUCUGAGACGAGUACGACUACGAGAGUAGUCGAGAGUAGUGCUCGCCCGUGAACCAGCGUCAUUUUGGCGGGAAAACGUGAUAGCCGUCGUCAUUCUACUACGAGUUUUAGCGAGAAUGUCGUAGUGGCGGGAACAAGUUAUCAAAUGUAAGGCGUUUUAUCAUUUUGCUAUCUGGAGAGGGCUUGACCUCCUUCAGUUUAAAUAGCCGUACUGACUUUUUUGGUAAAAAAAAGUAAAAUGAAGCUUUCCGGGGUGUCUUUUUUGAGAACACGCGCAAAAACCUUAAGUUAAAUCUCGUACUCGUACUCUUUCUCGUCCUCAAGUCUAAAGCUCUCUAAUGCCGUAAACUGCCCCUCUUAAGUCCAGGGAUUAUACAUCUUCGUAAUAAGUUUUAGGGGGCCUAUAAACGGAGGGGCUUUUAUCCGAGGGGGGUUAUAGCCGGAAUACACAAAUCGUUUCGAAACCAACUAUACCAGUACUGAUUAAAAUGCGUUUUGCUUUUGCGUAACUCUGUAUACCCUAAGAUCAAAAUUUGAAUUCUCACUUGUUUCCCCUAUUCAUUUCCGACAGAAGUAUUGGGGAGAAGUUGAUAAAACAUCAGGCGAAUUCAUCUUGUUUUCUUAUGUCUGUAAUUGUCAUGACCACUCUGUUUUACAAAGCGUUGAUAUUACAAGGAGAAAUUUGGUGGUGACUACUCUUAGUGCUUAAAGGGUUAAGCUCCAAUAAAUCGAGUUCAUUUCAAUGCAUUUGGCGGGGGUUUACAUCCGGGGGUUUUACAAGAAGGGCUUAUAAUUAAGUGGAGGGGGGUGCUUAUAAUUGACAGGGCUAAUAAGCGGAAGUUAACGACAUGUGCAUCAUUUUGUUUUUCAGUACUUAGCUCCGAUUCUGAUCAACUUCUAAUGCCCACUGGAACAUUAGGAAGAGUAGCCACUAUGGCAGAAGGUAAAUCACCACCAGAUUUGUAACUGAUUGUUGUUAGAAUUAAAUUAGACUUUCGCAAAGUUGUUUAACAUUUUCAGUUCUAAAUAAGUAGAUUGUUUUGUAUUGAUUUGUUUACUUCAUGCAGGACCUGUUAUUGUGCAGUGGAGUUACCAGUACUCUUGCUGGAAGCUGUUUGCUCUGGAAAUUGACACAUUUUUGGAAUCUGUUGCCUCAGGGAUAGGUUUGUAAACUUUUUUAAAAGGCAAUAUAUUUUAGGUUCAUCAUCUUACGUUUCGUCCGAUUUCCCCCGCGGCUAGUCUGAGAGUGACCCCGCCUCCUUUCAAAGAAAACAAAAGAAAAAAAACGAAAGAACUUCUUAGCUCAACCCUCAAAGUUAAAAUUUUUGUUCAGUGGCCAUUUGGCGAUCAGCUCUUUGGGUUUAGUCGCCAGGGGAAAUUUUUAGGCGCCAAAUUAUAUUAAUAUAUUAAUAUAUCAAAAUUGUCAUUAACAAAAGCAGUUAGCAAGUUUAACUUAAAAUGCAGCACUGUCUAUAAAUUACUCGUUUAUUGUGCAAGGCAUUAGUUACUGAUAGUCUGAGAAUAAGGUUUGCAGAUUCAUCUCCUUGAAUCAAUACUGAAACGGAAUUGUAAAGACAAUUACCAUUUCCAGUUGUCUUUAGGGCCUUCAAUCCUUCUGUAUAAUCCCCAGUUGGUAUAUGAGAGCAGAACUUAACUCAUCCUCUGUUAAUGUGUUCAAAAUUUCCCAGUCGCAACUUGAUAGGCGACCUAUUUUUUUUUCUGAUAUUUGUUUCGCAUUUCUUUUGCGACUUUUGUUGAUGAUGAACUUGUUUCCCCAACUAUCAAAUAUUUUUGGAGAUUUAAAAGGUCGUUUUUAAUAUCGCUAGACAUCGCGAAAGCCUGAAAAAGGCAGGAGAGUAUAGGAAGAUCAACAAGUUUUCUAAAUCAAAUCAUUGCUUUAUAGAGAUAACAUCGCGCACGUGAAAAUUUCGCAACGAGUUGUACUGGGAAAAAAUGUUUUUCCCAAUCAAUUGAAAGGAACCCAAACAAAAAUGCCGCUUACGAAAUAAUAAAUUUUCUUUUUCCUUUUUCAUCGCUACAGGUGUUUUAAAAAAACCAUUUUUUGCAACAACCAUAAGCUGUCAGUUUUGCGAUGUUUAGUUUCGCUUACAUUUAUCGCUUUUGUUUACAAAACCGCGAUUCAACUCGCAGCACGGUUCACAUGUUACUGUUAUCACAUAAUGUUCUGUUUUGAAUUUGCACCAAUUUAGCUUUCCCUCUUCAUGUUAUUAGAUUGUUUCAGUAUUGAUUCAAAAAUAUUUAUAAUAUGUAGUCCAGUUCAGGCCCGUAGCAGGGGGAGGGGCAGGGGGGGCUCGAGCACCCCCAGAAAUUUUCAGACUUGAAUUAAAUUCUGCUACAAAAGUGGAAUUUUUCUACUAAGAUUGACAGCUGUCAAUGGAAGCUAAAGUUUCAAAGUAUUGUCGAUCAUAGUAAGAUUAUGCACUGUUGUUCUUCUGUGCAAUUUGGAAUUGUGUAAAUGAACGAAAUCGUAUUUUUGCUCUGCCAAAAAGAACCAACAGCUUUAAAAUAUCUGCUUAUUAAGCAUCAAAAUAGUCAGAAGCAAAAUGGAUCGAAAUGCACCAAUGACAAUCCCACCUGAACCACCUCAUGAUGUUGCAUGUUCUGAAGGACAGAACAGAUGCUCUGACCCUUGUAGACGUAGCUAAUGACUCCGUCGGGGAGAAAGAAAACCGAAUUGUUUGGCAAAUUUUCCGCGAACGACGUCCCAAACAAGUUCUCUAUUUCGUCAAAGUCAACACAAACAAAAAAUUAGAGACAAGAACAAAAGGUAUUGUAGACAAAUCUAGUGAUCUGACAUGUACUAAGAAGUAUGCUUUAACCAAGGGACCGAAGCGGGGGGUCAAUGUAGGCCACUCGCUCAGCCCCCCCCGUCAUUUUAUGCCUGCUACGGGCCUGCAGUUAAAAAACCACCGAACUUGGCUUGACAAGCAUUCCUAAGAUAUCGAAGAAAUCGUCACUGUCGACAAGGUGAAGGCGCUUCGAUUGCGUGCCAUUUGUCACGUGUCAAAAGUUAAAAUGUCACGUGCAAGGCAACAGACUGAAGGCGAUUUGGCGAACGAAUGCAAGUCAAGUUUCAUUGAUGUUCAUUUUCAAAACGCUUAGCUCUGAGAUUUUUUUAAGUUUUCAAUUUAGCAUGUUUUUCAACGGGAAAGUAAAAAAGUAAUAGAAUUCAAAUCAGCUAGAAUAAAUGUUCUUCAUAUUUCAGUAGAAGUGAUUACCAUUUCUGUUUCUAUACGCCAACACGAACCUAUUCUUCACGGUCGCCAGCUUGGCGACUAUUCUCCAAAUCAAGUUGCCAGUUCCAAAAUUUUAGGCGCCAUGGCGACUAAAAUGGUCGCAGCUUGGAGGGUUGUAGCUGAUCACUGCCCCCCUCCUUUUAUCAUGAAACCGCACAGCAAUAUGAGUUAUUUCAUAAGGAAUUUAGGUCACGUCGACACGUAUCCGAACAUAUAUGAAAACGGGGAUUUUUUUUUCUCCGUUUUAGCAUUUUGUCCACCCGUGAGCAGCGUUUUCAGGCACCCGAAACCCAGGUUUUCGAAAACGGUCCCCAGAGUGGAGCUUUUUCUGAAUCGCCCGCUUAUCGUUUGUGUGAACAAACGAGAACAGGGUUUUUCGAAUACGGUGAUGUCGUAGAUGAUACAGCGCAUGCUCUGUUUAAUAGUAAUUCUCUCUUUUUUCUUUGUUUUAACGUUUUUGUGUGGACGCGUAUUGGUUUGUGUGUUUUUUUUGUGAAAACGGAGGAAAAAAAAAUGUCGGUUUUCAAAAAUAUCCGUAUACGUGUGUACUAGGCCUUUCUAGCUUCAGUCAUAAAGCACCUCCUUUAUCUUAAAAUUAUAAAUUAAGGUAAACCUUUGUGGCGUUUGGUACCAAACGACUAAACAUUCACAGCUAUCUAUUUGCGUUCUUGGUAGGUGGUUUUAGGCCUAAAAUCCGAUAACGUUAAUUGACAUGGCCGCGAUUCUGUCUGUUAGCAAGUUUAGUUUAUAUAUAGGUAUGGUGGUUUUUGAGAAUAUUUGUAACAACACUGACCUCUUCUCAUGUUUACUUUUUUGCACAAACGCAAUUUUUGUUUGUUUCCUUCACUGAGGUUUUUUUGUUCAUUUUAUGCAGCUGUUGAAAGUCAAAACGUGAUUUGUAUUGUGGAGCUGGUGAAGGAAAUCCUGCACCAUGAUUGGAGCAAGGCAGUUCAUCUUAAACCCAUUACUGCCCGCCUUUAUAUGAUUAUACAAAGGUAAGAAGUUACGUACGUUAACCAUUUAUUUCGAGGCACCAUGGCUUAAUAAAAUAUAGUUCAGGACAUGUUAGUUUGGUUCUAUUCAUCAAAUACAUUUUGUUUUUCAUGAAUCAGACAACCUGGCCUUAGCUGAAAAACAGUAUAAUUUCAGGGAUGUGUUGCGCGUAAAAUACAUACUACUCACUAGAAAGUAAGGUGGCUGAAUUUUUACCAUACCGCCUAUAACCAUCACUUUGCGCCGUGUUAAAGAACAACCAUGGCUUUUAGCCUAAAAGGAAAAAUCCCUAUUAUACAGUAGAACCCUGGUAACUCGAACUCUGAAGGAAACGAAAAACGGUUUGAGUUUGUGAGGGUUUGAGUUACCGGGAUGGAUUAAAUACUCAAUUCGCUGUAUUAAUCAUUGACAGCUACUGAUUUUUCAGCACUUUAGUGCAUUAUAUAGUACAGUUCAAAUUUAACUUAUUUCAUCAGAAACGGUAACGUGAUUUUGCAUUUUGAUGAUCUGUUCGUCGCACGAAUUAAAAUCAAAUUACUGUAGUGUUAGUUUUAGUAUUUUUACCGAUUAUGUAGCAAGAAGAGCUAAUGGGGUAGCAUCCGAGUGGAGUCACAAGAACCAGAAUUUGAGUUAUCAGAGGGUUAAUUUUUGUAAAAUUUUGAUCAAGGGAGAGGAAGUUUAGUUUGCGUUAGCGAGGAAUUCGAGUUAUCCAAGUUAGAACUAACCUAGUAGAAAUGACUGAAAAGUGGGGUGAAAUCCAAGGGAAAUGGGACUUAGUUCGAGUUACCAGGGUUCUACUGUAUCCCUAUUUUCCUACACAGUUGUUCUUUGUGUUCUUCACUCCUCUCGCAAGCGGUGUUUGUGGAGGGUAGAGUUGUGUGACCCAACUAAAGCAGUUGCGUAGGAGACGAUUAUGUUCCAAGUGGGUUCAUGACAUCUCUUGUCAGGUCCCAAGAGAGGAUAUAGAUCAACGUGAACUUCAAGUUUAACUUCUGACUCCUGGCUCGUCGAUAGAAAUUGCUAAUCGAAGUAGGCUAAUUGAGUAUGCUAAGUGCAAUUAUUUGUAACGCUGAAAUCGUGAAUAUCAGCAGUGGCUAAGCAGAAGAAUGAAUUAACGAGCUUUUAGUUUUUGUUUUAAUUAUCAUAGUUUAUGUUUUAAAGGCUUGUUUGCAGUGGAAAGUGCACUUACCUUAUCCAGCUAGUGUACAGGUGCUCCAAACAAAUAAGUAGAAACAAAUAAUCCAAACAGAACUGGCAGGAGGCAACCAGCCGGCUAUUUACAAGCGUUGACGAGGAUUUGAACUCGGGACGACCGAGAACAAAUCCAGCCAGUGGCCAGAGCGGGACUCACAGGACCACUGGAUUGCGAGUCUGACGGGCUGACUACUCGGCCACGCUGUCUCAUGUCUAUCAAUUCAUGUUGAUGGUAUUUUUGUUACUUUAUUCUUUUUUCCAGGUGUACUCCUUCACCUAAUCCACCACAGGAUCUGAUUGCAAGUUGCCUGUCAUGUUUAGCAACCAUCGCUCUGAAAGAUCCCCAGCAGGUAGAUACGUUUCACUGGGAAACUACCCACCUACCCCUCCCUAAGCCAACAUUUUUCUAAGUGAGAAGUAAGUGUUAAUGUUGGCUUAUUGGAAGGGUAGGUGGGCAGUACACUGUGUUAACUUCCCCAAAUCAAUGCUUUGUAUCACAUUACAACUGUACUAUGUUUACAGUCGAAGCUCUCCUUGCGACCACUCUCGUAAGCGACCAGCUCUAGUUACCACGACCUUUGUAAGACCUUGUUUGAACUGUGACUUAAACUUUGUUAUGAAAAGCUUUCUACCCAACUGGACUUUUCCUUUGUUUUUAAGCUCUCGUAAGUGGCCACCCAGUCGUAUUCAUAUAAAUCAACAUUUUAAUGAAACGGAACUCUACGCUAAUAGUCGUGUCUAUAUCAGAUAUAAAGACGCUCAUUAAACGUUAGUUUCUUUGUUUUUUCUUUAUGGAUUACUAAUGACUUUUCGAAGUGCUCGUGAGCGACCAUCCUCUUUUAUUUCACCAUGCGGUCGCUUAUGAGAGCUAAUUCUCUAAAGUGACCAGCUCUAGUUACGACCACUUCGAAUUUCCGAGGUGGUCGCUUACGAGAGCUUUGACUGUAUUUUUUAACCAUGUUUUAUCACUAAAUCACCCAUGAACGAGGCACUUUUCAAACUACAAUUUUUGCACCUUUUUUCCCGAAAGUUGGCCUUCAUUUACGUUUCAUUGUCGAUCACUUUAUGAUGACGGAACGAAUCGCACUCCACUCAGUGUUAUUAUUAUUAAUUAAUUAAUUAAUUAAUUUUUUUUUAUCCAGUCUGAUUUAAAUUUCAAUAAUUGAUUGCCUGAAUAAACAUCUUUUUCAAUUUAUGUGGCUGAAUUUUACCAAAACCAUCUAUAACUACCAGAGUGUAGCUUAUUAUAGAGCGGUCAUGGCUUUCAGCCUAAAGGAAAAAAAAUCCCUGUUAUAUCCCUGGUGGGUAGUUAAACCUCCCUUCAGGUCCCCAGAGGGGAUACAUCGUUCUGCUUUAAUCUAGAGUUGUAACACAUAUUUAUUUUUGGUUCUCAAGAACGCAAGAUAAGAAAAAAGAAAAAAGAAAAGAAAUCGGAAAAUAAUCAAAGCCAUCCACGAGUAACAUAUUCCGUAAAGAAACAUUCUGUAGUUUUCAAUUAAUAAUGUCGGUCAUUUUGCGUGAACUUGAAACAGUAUUAACUUUUUUAUUAUGAUAAUUUCCAAUUCUCUGAGGGGCAUUUCAUUUCAUUUGCAGUCCUUUCUAGCCAUUAACCCGUUUGUUGAUUCUGGUUUUUCAUUCCACAGGUGUGGCACAAUCUUCAACAGACAGCUUUUCUUCCCUACUGUGUUUCUGUCAAAAUGUCGGAAGCAGAGAAGUCAAGAAUAGAGUGAGUCAACGACUGUUAUAUGGCCAGCCGCAAUUCAAAACCACGUGAAAGUACUACAGAAGAGGUUUCAUUUGAACGAACACACCAUAGGAUUUCAUCCACAGACUCUAAGUUAGCGAUACUUACUCAAUGACUAGUACCAUGUGAAACUAUUGUUAGAAAGUUUUGUCAACAUGGUUAAGUGAUUAGAAUUUGUCAUCAGUCUACAAAGAUAGAAAUUAAAGUUUCUAAAAUAAUUUGUCUAAGGGAAUAAUAUGAUUAAAGGUAAUUGCUCUGGUUGCUUUAGUUGACCUUAAAUAUUAAUUUAGCUUACUUUUCUUAGCUUCCUUAGCACAGCACCUGGAAACUUUGGUUUAAUUCUAAACACCAAGGAGCGACCAAUGGGAUAUUAUCCUGUUACCAUGGGAACACUGAAUCUACUUCUGCGGUUGAUACAUGGAAUUGGCAUCGCCAAAGACGCUGAUACCCAGACCGUCAGCUUUCUUGAUCUCGCAGCUGGCCUUGUCUUUGUGAUGAGAGAAGUAUUUGCAGGAUUUCACAAGUGGAGGUUUGCAGCAGUCAAAGACAGAGAGGAGAUAGGUGCAGUUUUAAGUUCGUCGUGGCUUAUCAAAUGGUCAUUUUGGUAUCAGGUCGUUUCGCCCGAAGGUCGAUUCGCCUGUCGUUAGUUCGCCCGGACUUACGUCGAUUCGCCCUAUGUGUUUUUGUCGUUCUUUUAAGUCUAGAAAAGAAUAAACAUAAAAAAGAUAGUGACUGCGUUUGUGGAAUCCAAGCUUAACGUUUAAGUUAAAAACAGCAUCUCUGAUAAGCAUGUUAACCAUGUUGUAGAGUGUUGUAUUUCAUCGGAUGAAGUGACUUAAGUCCGGGCGAAUCGACAUUCUUGCGCAACGACCGGAUAUUGCAAGAGAUUGGGUCGGAGUUGCUUCGAAUUGCUUUAUGGGACCUCUUUUUGACCCAUUUUCCAAUAAAAAGGAUGGCAUCCCCAAAACAGUCCCAUAGUGCAUUUGGAUACAACACCGACCCAGUCUCUUCCCAGGCUUUCGCGAAACGAUCCGACAAAAGCGGCGCCAUCAGGACUGAAGACAGUACUUAAAAUCUGACUUCGCUUCCUUUCAAACUUUUUGUCCAACCCAUUCAUCUGAUCAAAAAGUUGAGAAAUUAAUGUGAAGCUGAAGUGUGGGACCUCGUGCGAGCUUAGGUUGAUACAAUGAAAUUUACUGCCGCCUUGCCGUUCACGUUUUCUAGAAAACUGAAAAGUUGAUUACUACAUGUCGUAGUAGACUAAAGAAGGUAAAGAGAUUUACGAGAACACGUGAAUCGCGUGCAGCUUUUUUGUUUUGUUGAUGGCUCGUAUUGUUUUCUUUUUUUUCCCUUUUCACUUUCACACCGUUCAUGUUCUAUUGCGGCUGGUUCCCCUUUGAACUACCACCACGAAUGUUACAUAAAACAAAGCUCACCUUAAAAACCAAGGGAAAUUUCAGCCAAAGUAAAAAUCGGCUGAAAACUGGACAAUUUGUGGGUAGGUACUUUAAGUAGGGUUAUAUGGUAGUACGUCAUAUUAAAUGCACUCUUGAUACACUUUAAUAACCCUGCUUAAAGUACCUACCAAUUUAUGCCCCCGUUCGUCAUACAGUCUGAAUCCCUUAAUGUCUAAUAUUUGUUGGCUCAAGUUUCAUUUCCUAAGAUGAGUGCUAACCCAGGUUGUAUAAACUAUUUACUGUUUUCUCUCAGGUAAACGCAGCCUGCAGUUGUUUAACGUUGUUCUUGGACUUCACUUUAAACAGAAGAAGAUUGAUGAAAACAGUGAAGCAAUGGAGGUUGAUGUUACGGACUUGUCAAG